AUGAAAAGAAAGGCUUCAUGCAACGAGAAAAAAAAAACGAACAUUUCGCGCACUUUGGCCAGAACCAGAAAACGUCUGUACAAUGCACAGGUGCAAAUUGAUCAAAUGAAACAGCAAAACCAAGCAAAAAGCGAAGAGGAAUUCUGGUCAAGAAUAAAGUGUCUUCCCAAAAAGCAACAGCUUGCUGUGAGGAACUGCUUUGCGGCUGCAAGAAGAAAAUCAACGAAAGGAAUGACAUACGAAGAUGAGUGGAUUGUUGAAUGCCUGUUAAUGAGGAUGCGAAGCCCCAGGCUUUAUGAGCAUCUUCGACGAGAAGGCAUAAUGGUUCUACCAGGACGCACUUGCCUACAAAGAUACUUACGCCGGUUUAAAGGCGGCUUUGGCAUGAACCCCAAAAUUUUUGCAGCAUUAAGUGAAAAAACAAAAGACAUGGAUACAUUCAGCUGCCGUGGAGGGCUCGUCCUUGACGAGAUCAAGUUAUCAGAACACCUCAACGUGAAGUCGUCUGGCGACAUUGAAGGCUUCGUUGACCUUGGCGACCACACCACAGACCAAAAAGGCGUGCUGGCUGACCACGGAAUGGUCGUUAUGUUUCAGCCGUUCACAGGUAAGUUAGCUUCUUAUAAGGAGAAAAUAUACCGUCAAAUCUCAAAUUAAAAUGGAACAUAUUAGCGACUCUCACCCCCCCCCCCCGCCUUUUUUCUUUUUUUUAUACUAGGCAGCUGGACUCAGAUAUUGGGUGUAUUUGCAUCCAGGGGAAACGUCAAGGCGGCUACAUUAGCCAAAAUCAUUGUGGAAAGCGUAGUGCUUUCUGAGCAAGCCGGUCUGUACGUUGACUCCGGUCUGCAGGCCAUGUGA